AAUAGUUGGAUUAAUUUAUAAAAUGAAAUCGUUCAUUGUAUUGUGCUGCUUUGUUUCUUUGGUUUACUGCAAGUCUUUAAUAGCGCGUCCUCGCUUCCACAAUGGACAAACGCGAUGUGCCAACUUGUGGGACGAAGGUUGCAACAACGGACAACUCCCUGGAGCCGGAAAUGAUGAUAGCUACUUAGGCGGCGGCUUCAACCCUGGCAAGCGCUGUGUCAACUUGUGGGACGAAGGUUGCAACAACGGACAACUCCCUGGAGCCGGAAAUGAUGAUAGCUUCUUAGGCGGCGGCUUCAACCCUGGCAAGCGCUGUGUCAACUUGUGGGACGAAGGUUGCAACAAUGGACAACUCCCUGGAGCCGGAAAUGAUGAUAGCUACUUAGGCGGCGGCUUCAACCCUGGCAAGCGCUGUGUCAACUUGUGGGACGAAGGUUGCAACAACGGACAACUCCCUGGAGCUGGAAAUGACGACGACUACCUAGGUGGUAACUUUAAUCCUGGCAAGCGCUGUGUCAACUUGUGGGACGAUGGAUGCACCAAUGAUCAAAUCGGUGGAUCUGGUAAAGACGACGACUUCUUAACUGGAGGAGGAUUCAACCCUGGCAAACGAUCUCUACAAUCUCUCAUAGCAAAAUUGCAGAAGGCUCACAACUAGUUUGAAGACUACCGAAUGCGCUAUUCUCUCCUUCUAUGUUAUUCUGUCAAAUCGGAAAUAACAAGGACAGAAGAUACUUACGCUUUUAACGCAUUUUGCAAGUGUACCAUGUACCCGUCAGCAACCUAGUCUCAUUCAUGCUUUUUUCUUUUC